AUGUCAGAAUUACUGCCUGCUCCAAAUAUUCAGCUGAAGAAAGCGCACCAUUCUCCGGCCUACGGUCCCGCCGAUCUUCCUCACCUUCUCGCGUUCGUCAACAACCCACUCGUCCAGAACACCCUGAUAUCCGACCACAUCGUGCCACGAAACCAUCGUUUUGCCACAAAGAUUGAGGAGAUCGCCAACGAGGCCCUACUCUAUGUCAUCAUCGAGGCUAUCGAUAAGCCUACAGGUCCUCGCGUCAUCGGCGCCGCCUCAAUCACAGUCGCCAACGUCAAGAACCGAGACGUGAACUUUGGCAUCGGUCUCGUCCCAGACGUCUGGGGCCAGGGAUAUGUCUCAGAGGUGACUGAGUUUUUGGUCGAUUAUGCCUUUAAGAAUUUGGCUAUCCACCGUAUCUCCCUUGGUGUUUUGGACAGCAACCUUGGCGCCAUCAAACUCUAUAAAAGAAUUGGAUGUGUUGAAGAGGGCAGAAAGCGCCAAUCCAACUUCUUCGAUGGAAAAUGGCAAGACAGUAUCCAUAUGGGGAUAUUGGAGAGUGAGUGGUUUGCAAAGAAAAGAGAACAAUCAACGAGGGCAGUUCAAGCGUAA